UUAACGAAAAUUUUAUAAAACAAUUAAUGUAUCAAAAAGCCUGAACGUUUAUUACGUGUCAUUAAAAUGUGGUACUACUAAGUACUACUACAAUAAACUUUAAUUAGGGCGUACAGCUCAUAUAAAGAUGAAACCCACCGGCGUUAUAGUUUCGGUAGUUAUUUUAGUAAAUUUAUCAUUCACUUGGGCUAAUAAUGUGGAUCCUCCCAAAAGAGAUGAUAAGAAGUCAAAGUCUGUAACCACUUAUGUGAGUGCAAAGUGGGAAACUACUCCUAUCGUGUUGGAAUUGGCAGAGUACCUCGCGGGCGAGAACACGGACUUGUUCUGGUCCUUUGUGAACGGCAUAAAUUCAUUGAAGACUAGUCUUGAUAACUUAGAGACUGAUAAACAAGUUUACGAUGCGUGUAUCGGUGUUGCGAGCACGCUGCUUGCGCCAGCGCAGCUGCGGAUGGCGAAGCUCGCGCUGUCUAUGCACACCUCCUCACCUGCAGUUCGUAUGUUCGACCAAGUAGCCACCCAAAAUGGAGCUAAGGAAGUUGAAUGCAGUACUUUUGUUGCCAUUGCUUCAAUGAAAAUCUGUGAUGAUGUUGUCCUACGGGAUAUAUUAAAAUCCUAUGACAAAUACAAUGCUGACGAGCAUAAACUGGAUACAUAUUUACUAGACCAUUCAUACCCCAGCAGUGAUAACAAGAGUCUCACUGCCAUUUUGUAUGGAGAGCUUGGCAUGAGUGAUUUCACAACCAAGCAUAAAAUAUUAGCUACAUAUGCUGAUAUCGGUGCCAUCAAUUAUGUGGUACGAUGGAAUGUGAAGCCUCGAGGAAAGCCCAAGCUUCGCCUAUCGGGUUACGGUGUCGAGCUACAAUUGAAGAGUACAGAAUACAAAAGUCAGGAUGAUACGACACCUAAAGAAGCUGAUGCUGGUGACGCUGGAGCGCCUUCUGAAGAAGAAGACGAGAAUGACCCACAGAAUCAAAUUGAUGGAUUCAAUUUUGGAAGACUGAAAAACCUAUUCCCUGCUCUUCGCACACCACUCGAACGUUUCCGUCAGCACUUAUCCGAAGCGAGCGAAGAACUGGCUCCACUUAAAAUAUGGCAAAUGCAAGGGCUGAGUAUGCAAGCAGCUGCGGCGGUGGUUGACGCCCAUGACUCUGGCGGCGACGAGUCGUUGAGAGUUCUCACCUCUAUUGCUCAAAAUUUUCCAAUGCAGACAAAAUCUUUAAUUCACGUAAAUGUACCCCGCACUUUCCGAGAAGAAGUACUCUACAAUCAGGAUAUUUUUUCAUCGGCAUUGGGUCUGCGCCCCGCAGAACCCUUGCUUCUUGUAUCAGGUGCUCAAUAUGAUGCUGAAGAGUUGGAUGUUUUGAGUCUACUGGCUGCUUUGAGAGAAGAUAUUGGUCCUAUGAACACUCUUCAUGCGCUUGGUAUGUCCAAAAACCUAAUAAACAAUCUGAUGUCACUUGAACUCGGAGAAUCGUACACUUGGGAGGAAUAUGGAUUGGACAUUCGUGAUACUGCUAUUACUUGGCUCAAUGAUUUGGAGACUGAUGAAAGAUAUAGACGCUGGCCGUCUUCUUAUAUGGAGCUGUUGAGACCUACUUAUCCUGGAAUGUUGAGGAAUUUGAGGAGAAACAUUUAUAACUACGUUAUAGUAAUAGAUCCGACAUCGCCUUUCUCGGGGCCGCCAUUGAAACUUGGCGAGACUCUGCUCAAACAUGCGACUCCAGUUCGUGUGGGAUUAGUUCUGGCUACAGGCAGUGAUGACCCGAUACUCGAAGCGGCUAUACGAUCGGCCUUCAACUUUGUGGCACAAGAGAAGAACUCUAAUAGAGAAGCGUUUUACUUCCUUUCCCAGCUGCUGAACCCAAAUCCAGAUGAGACAUUAGACCUUGAAUUGGUAAAGAAAUAUUUGAAGAAAUAUACAAAGCCACACAUUGAUACUGUUGAGAUUAUGGCCGAGGAUUCUGAGUACAACUUCGGCGGUCAGUUAGCUCAGGAAUUUAUUUCCAAAAUUGGAAGCGAUAAAUUUCCACAGGUGCUUAUCAAUGGUGUUCCUCUAUGGGAUGAAGGUCCUAGUCCGGCUACAUCAUCUGUGGAGUUACUAGAAGAGGCAUUAGUAACUGCACUCUCUCGACAUACUGGUCGGUUUCAACGCGCUGUUUUCCGUGGUGAACUUACUGACGUAGAAGACGCGACAGAAUAUCUUAUGAAACAGCCUCAUAUUGUACCCAGAUUGAAUCGUCGAGUUCUCGCUGCCGAGUCUUCUCAAUACUUAGACUUGGGAGGCGUUGCGGCCUCGAGCGAAUUAUUCAGCGAGGAUAAGGUUCACCGUCUUAUGCACUUGACUGGUCGCGAUGCUUUAGCGACAGCAUUACCGGUUCUAAAGUACUUCACGAAGCCAGGCAAGUCUGAAAAGAUAUUACAGACCAUUUGGGUCACUGGUGAUCUUAAUAAUAAAGCUUCCAGAGACUUGUUGCGAGAUGCUCUGACGUUUAUGAGAGAAUCUGGUGGCACUCGAGUAGCUUUCAUACCCAAUGUCGACGGGUCAUCAAAUGCGGACCAAUCGCUAAACAAAGUAGUUUUAGCAGCAUUAACUGCCUUGGAAUCAGGACCCGCUACUAAAUAUGUGGCCCAAUUGUUGGAAGACGAAGGGUGCCAUGAAAGACAGGAUUGCGACAUAUUGCCUGAAUUAGUCCCCGCUCUAAACAAGUACGACUGGGUGCUCAAAGCAUCAAGAGUGUUAUGUGCGCGUAGCUUUAAACUGAGGCCUGGCGCGCGCGCUGUGGUGCAUAACACGCGAAUGAUUGGACCUUUCCUAGACGAUGAGAAGUUUACUCUUGAUGAUUUCUUAUUAUUGGAGAGAUUUACUAAUCAGUUAUAUGCUGAUAAACUUUCUGAAGUGCUUGACAAAAAGAAAGUUACCAAAAACGAAGUUGUCGAGGAUGAUGAUGACGAGUACGAAAUAGUUGAACUCACAAACGAGGAUCGUCUCAAAGUAAUAUCGGUGCUCGCAUCCCGCAGCCCCAAGCCUCGCACACCGUUGCCCACAGGACUUCGUACGGAACAUUCUCUUGUUGAGUUAGCGCCGUUGAUCAAGAAUGAAGCAGCUGUUGAGAUCGUAGCAAUACUAGACCCUGCGUCAAAUGCUGCGCAAAAACUGGCUCCGUUGCUUCUAGUGCUUCGGCGCGUGGUCAACUGCCGCAUCAAGCUCUUUAUGAACCCGCAGGACAAGAAUUCUGACAUGCCACUUAAGAGUUUCUACCGCUAUGUUCUCGAACCAGAACUCCAAUUUACGUCCGAAGGUGCAUUAACUGGCGGUGCUCUUGCGAGAUUCUCACACUUGCCUCACGCUCCUUUACUCUCAAUGGAACUACGUACUCCCCCCAACUGGCUGGUCGAAUGCGUCAAGUCUGUCUACGAUCUUGACAAUAUUAGACUUGCUGAUGUCGACACUGUGGUUCAUAGUGAAUUCGAACUAGAGUACCUUCUCUUAGAAGGUCAUGCUUGGGACACAACGUUAGCGACACCCCCAAGAGGUCUACAAUUAAUCUUGGGCACACGAGAGAAUCCUGACAUAAUGGACACUAUUGUUAUGGCUAACCUGGGUUACUUCCAGCUGAAAGCAAAUCCCGGGGCAUGGAUAUUGAGGUUAAGGCCUGGAAGAUCGGAUGAGAUUUAUGAAAUUAUCGACCACGAAAACACAGACACACCAGCCGGCAGUGAAGAUAUUCAGGUACUAAUGAGUUCGUUCCGUAGUCACGUGAUUAAGUUGCGAGUCAGCAAAAAACCAGACAAACAACAUUUGGAUUUGUUAGUUGAGAACGAUGAUAAGAGCUCUGGUGGCAUUUGGAACUCUAUUGCAAGCUCGUUCGGCGGCGGCGACGAGCAAGAAGCUGAAGAUGAGACAAUCAACGUGUUUUCUGUAGCUUCGGGCCAUUUGUACGAGAGGUUCUUACGUAUCAUGAUGUUGUCUGUACUUAAACAUACCAAAUCGCCUGUUAAGUUUUGGUUUUUGAAGAACUACCUUAGCCCGUCGCUUAAGGAUAUCCUUCCCUACAUGGCUCAAGAAUAUGGCUUUCAAUACGAACUCGUCCAAUACCAAUGGCCUCGUUGGUUGCAACGCCAGCGCGACCGACAGCGCACAAUCUGGGGGUAUAAGAUCCUCUUCCUAGAUGUGCUGUUCCCGCUCUAUGUUAAGAAAAUUAUAUUUGUUGACGCUGAUCAGAUUGUCCGAGCGGAUCUAAAGGAAUUGGUUAAUUUAGAUCUUGGAGGCGCGCCGUAUGGUUAUACGCCUUUCUGUGACAGCAGGAAGGAGAUGGAAGGAUUUAGGUUCUGGAAACAAGGUUACUGGCGCAACCACCUCCAAGGACGGAGCUAUCAUAUCAGUGCUUUAUACGUAGUGGACUUGAAGCGAUUCAGACGCAUCGCUGCCGGUGAUCGGUUGAGAGGACAGUACCAAGCUCUUAGUCAGGACCCUAACAGUUUAUCUAACUUAGAUCAGGAUCUACCAAACAACAUGAUCCAUCAAGUAGCCAUAAAGUCACUGCCGCAGGAAUGGUUGUGGUGUGAAACUUGGUGCGAUAAUGACUCUAAAAAAUACGCUAAGACUAUAGAUUUGUGCAACAACCCAAUGACAAAAGAAGCAAAACUAUCUGCGGCGAUGCGUAUAGUGCCUGAGUGGAAGGAGUACGACGAUGAAAUCAAGGCGUUACAAGCACGUGUUCGACGUGGUCUUUACCAGUCUUCAGAUCAUGAACAGGAAAUCGAGAGUCCACAGUCAGAGACGCCAACAGACGACAGUCACGUCACAAGUAAAACUCACGAGGAGCACACCGAGUUAUGAUGAACUAAAGUGAUAUUUUGAAUUUAGUUUACAUUUAGUUAUUCCAUUUUAGUUUAUUGAGUCAUGUUAUGAGCGAGUGUAUAUUAUGUGUAAAAAUUGAGCUUAUUGCGUACCGAAAGCCGUGAAUAUAUUUUGUAUCUGCUCUGAACCAAGCCAAACUAAUGACAAUGUCAGUUGAUCACGUAUGCUACAGCCCAAAGAGAAGGUCAGUAUCAAAUCAUCUAAAGAACCCUGACAAUAAAGAAUUCGAUGCUCGCCUAGGCGCAGGAUUUUAAAGAAUUAAUUUUUUCUCUUUACAUCGAUGCCCAAACUCAAACAUUCAAUCAAGCGAAUGGGGUGCAUAAAUACACAAUGAACCUAGCAUUAUUUUAUACACUGGUUAUAAAUUUUAUCUCGUUUGUUUAGAGCUCAUUGAUUGACUGUUCUUAUUAAGGCGUCUCGGGCCGUAGUGCCAUUAACUUCGUGCAAUGACCCUGUAGAUUCAAUAUUUGAAUUUUUUAUCCAGUUACAGUGGAGAUAAAUUUCUAUCACGUUCCACUGGUAAACCGUUUAUUGUAACUGGUAACCGUUAGUUGUAUGCGAAAAGGCAGACACGCAUUGUGUGAUAGAUUAGGCUUUCUCUACGCGACAUUGUUAUUUAAAUUUAAAUGAUACCGAUCGCAUUAUUUUAUCAUGACUGUAUGUGAUCAAACUUUUGUCACAGGGAUAGAUAAUUAAAUAAUCUAAAUUGAGAAAUAAAUACGCGCAGAGUUGUUUUUUUGUUCGUCACCACUUUAAUUAAUAAGAGAAAGUGAUAGCAUUUUUUGUAUCUUUAAUAUUUGAUUCUUCGUCAGAUUGUGUUAUUUGAAGAAUCAUCUGCUAGAGUGUUAUUACAAAUUCUCUUUUCUCUCUUAUCGUUUUUUUAGAAAAAUAUUGACAAUAUUUACAUUCAAAAUCAUAUUCAUUUUUCUGUAUUACUUGGUACUUGGUGUAAUGGGCUGGUGUCCGCAACUCGACGUCAAGGCGCCUAUUUUGCGUGUGGUAAUUUAAUGUAUGUGGUAAUUUUUCUGUAUUAAUAUGAUUUCGCCAUCAAUUGCCUAACAUGGAGAUAACUCAAGGAUGUUAAAAUCCACGAUCUCACGACCUCAGUUAGUGAAGUUUAUAUAUUUUGUACGAAGAAUAUGCCCAUUUUAAUAGAAUUUUUCUUCCCUUGAGCUUUCUUAGCUUAACUCAUCUUGGUAAGUAUGAACUUGUGUUUUGGAAUCAUUCCUAUUUAUCUAUCAAUUAUGUUUAAUAUUAUAGAUGUACGAUGUCGUGACAAACUGUUUUUAUCAACACUUGGCAUAAUUAGAUUAAAUAUUUUUGAUAGCUGUGAUUCUUCUUAAAUUCAUUUUCUGUGAAACCUUCCUAUAUAAAUAUUUAUUUAUCUACUGUUAUGCUCUAGCCACACAGAGGCAGUCGAGGAAGCGU